AUGAUGUUUUCAUUCCACACCGGCCGCGCCUCCCCACAAGACCAGGCGUCCAGGGAAUCAAGGCCGAAAAGAGCCAAGACCAGAAUUGCUUGCAACGUAUGCAAGGCCAGGAAAACGAAAUGCGACGGUGCUAGACCCAUCUGCGGACCCUGUUCAAGACGGAAACAGACCUCGCAUACAACUAAUUGUAUAUACCGCGAAACGGACAGUGAUGAGCAGCCAAGAGACACAAGUGAGCGUCUAGCAAGUGAUUCCCCACAGGUCGACGAUGACGACGGGGCUAGCUCCUACAGUGCAUUCGCCCCCACUGGCGGUUUAUUUGGCGCAUCCAGUGGUGCACAUGUUCUCCAGAAUGUAGGGAAUGAGACGGGCCUACCAAACACCCCUACAGGUCAAGGGCAAAGCCGAAGUCAAGUCCUGCCGAAGGCGCUCAAACGCCUGCCUAAGCUGCAGAACCAGAGGUUUCGGAAAGAUCCACCUGACCUGCAGUUUGCGAUACCCCCAAGGAAGCAGGCGGAUCACCUUCUGUCGCUAUAUUGGGACUAUGUCGACAGUGUAUACCCUUGGUUGGACAGGCCCUUGAUCGAAAAUGCAUAUGAGACUCUAUGGGUCAAGGACGGUGAACUGACCAUGAAUGAAACGGUCUUACACUGCCUUCUGAAUCUCAUGUUCGCUACAUCUUGUGUUGCGUCUCAGGGCGAGCCUCCUCUGGCUCGCUAUCAAUCUUCGGUUGUCUUCUUCGAGCGAGCACAGGCGUUGAUGUCUUACCAACUGAUGGAUCUCUACAACUUUGAAAUUAUUCAGGUCCUCUUGUUGACAGCGGUGUACCUCCAACAUGAGAAAGAGCCCCAGAAAUGCUUCCGAAUCAUUGGCACAGCAAUUCAUGUUGCCCAAGAGCUGGGACUACAUAUCCCUGAAACAACCGCUGCAAUGGACAGUCCAAAAGAACGUGAUCUUGCACGCCAAGUUUGGAAUGGAUGUGUUGUUAUGGAUAGAAUCUGCGCCAUGACGUUUGGCUGCCCCCUCAAAGUCCCUCAAUUUGUCGCAGAGCAAGGACUGAAAACUCUGGCGCUCAGUUCCAUGGAGGUCUCUAGUGAAACUGUGACCACAAGUCUACCCUCAAAAUACAACUUCUACGUCUCAUUCUGCCGAUUACACCAUAUCAUUUCAGAAGUCCUGGAAACCUUUUAUAUCUCCGGUGAUAACACAAACGAACGCCAACCCGGAAGAGAUUCCAAAAAGCGGGAGGAAAACUCUUCUUCCCUCUUUUUUGACAAAUUCGCGAGCCUUUUUCGCAUCGAGUCCGCACUAAAUGACUGGGCUCAUGUAUACAUGGCUGUAACGAAUCUGCUCGCAGCCCAAUCCUCCCCACAGAUAGUGGAGUAUUUCUCCGUGGUUCGCUUGCAGGGCAUAUUGGAGCAGGCCCGAGGAAUCCUUAAAGAUUACGAGAAACACGCCCCGCUGGCUUCAAGGUGCAGCUCUGUUCUCAAAGUGAUCGAGCAGAAUAUGGGCAGGCGGGAGUCGGUAGCAGAUCUCGCUUCCUUAGAAGCACCACAAUUUGCCAGGGGGAAUGAUAACACAUCUGCGCGUGACUUUGUCCCUGGAACCCAGGAGCCGCAAACUGCUAUGGUGGAUGAUUUGACAAUGGUUGAGAACUAUACUUUUGAUUGGAACGAGUGGCCUAUGUUCUUUGCGCAGCUGGACGGCGAUACGGCCCCUAUUUGGUAA